AUGUGGACGAUCCUUGUCACACUUUUGCUGGCAGCCGAAGCUCAUGGCUGCGGACAGCCCACCUACUCCCCAUUGACGAGGGUGGCGAACGGGGAGGACGCAAUCCCUUACAGUUGGCCCUGGCAAGUCUCCUUACAGUACCAGAGAGGAGACGGGUACGCUCACUACUGUGGGGGGACCCUCAUUGCCCCCAACUGGGUCAUGACCGCCGCACAUGGCAUCGUGAAAGGCUUCCAGUACAGAGUGGUACUGGGCGAAUACGACUUGAUCAGGGCGGAAGGUCCUGAGCAGCACAUCCCUGUGAACCCAGGCGACAUCUUCGUGCACCCUGGCUGGAAUGAGAGUUGUGUGCCUUGCGGGAAUGACAUCGCCCUGAUCAAGCUGCCUCACAGUGCAGAGCUAAACGAUAAGGUGCAACUGGGAUGCAUCCCACCCUCAGGAAAGGCUCUCCAGAAUGUCUAUCCAUGCUACAUCAGCGGCUGGGGGAGCCUUUACUUCGGCGGACCGGUCCUGGACAAGCUGCAGCAGGCCCUGCUCCCGACGGUGGACUAUGAACACUGCUCCCGACUCGACUGGUGGGGACUCACCGUGAAGGAGACCAUGAUUUGUGCCGGUUGGGGCUACCGGGCCGGCUGCAGUGGUGACUCUGGAGGCCCCCUCAAUUGCCAAGCUUCGGAUGGGAGGUGGUACGUCCAUGGGGUUACCAGCUUUGUCUGUGGCUGUGGGUGUGACACCCUGAAGAAACCCACCGUCUUCACCCGCGUCUCCGCUUUCAACUCCUGGAUUGAAGAGACCAUGGCCACCCAUUAAUGCGAUGCUGCAACUCCUCCACCCUGACGGGACUCUCUGCCUGUCCCAAGA